UCUUGAUUCUAAUUUGCACAGUGCGCGUCUGCAAGUAAAUGCUGAAUAGCGGCCUCUCUAUUUAUCUAAUCCGCUAAUUUUGGCGCCUUCAAAACCGCAAAUCUCAUCACCAACUUUCCUUUUCGUUGUAACCCUCCUUCCCUUCUUCACUUUUAACUUACCAUAUUCUCAUUUUUUGUAUAUUUUCCUUAAUCUCCUCAAACGUGGAUUCAACUGUUAACAACUUAACAUAUAUAGUAGUUGUAUUACAGUGGGUAAACACCGACCGACCAAACCCAUGUUUUGCUUUUGUUCUUUUUGUUGCUGGGGAUUGAGAUUUUUCCACUGCUGAUGUGUAAUACAGAACAGAGAGUUGAGAGAGAAAUGGGAGAGUUAGACACUUCGUUUUCUUGUUCCAGUCUCUUGUGUCGGGAAACUGAAGAAGAUGCAUGUUUUUCCGAAACAGAGAAAGAAGAUGAUCGAAGUGUUUACUUCAAAUCAUGUUUUGUUUCGGACAAUGAAGACGAGUAUAUCGAGCUGUUGGUUCAAAGAGAGAUUGAAAUCGGAUUCAAAACCAGUGCAUCGUUUAGUGAUUCGAAACAUAAAAGUUGGUUGGAAUGUGCUCGCUUAGAUGCUAUUCAAUGGAUGUUCAAUACAAGAGCAAUUUUCGGGUUUCAAAUCCAUACAGCUUAUUUAUCUGUCAUAUACUUUGAUCGGUUUCUAUCAAAGAGAUCCAUUGAUGAUGGGAAGUUGUGGGCUAUUCGAUUGUUAUCAGUAACAUGUUUAUCAUUAGCAGCAAAAAUGGAGGAAUGCAGUGCCCCUGCUUUUUCAGAAUUUCCUAUACAAGAUUACCAAUUUGAGAAUAAAACGAUCCAAAAAAUGGAGUUAUUGGUACUUACCACCUUGGAAUGGAAGAUGAGUUCAAUCACACCCUUUGCUUAUUUGGAUUAUUUCAUCCAUAAAUUUUAUGGUGAAUAUAGGCCUAAAGGAUUAGUCUCCAAAAUUAUGCAACUUAUCAUGUCAAUGAUAAAAGAAAUCAGUUUAGUGGAUCAUCGACCCUCGAUUAUUGCUGCGGCCGCAGUGUUAGCUGCUUAUGAUAGCCGAUUAACAAGAAAAUCAAUUGAUCUCAAUGUUGACUUCAUUUCAUUUUGGGGAACUCUAGAAAAUGAACAUAUAUUUUGGAGCUAUAAUAUGAUGCAGGAAAUAGAGAUGAGAAAAUCGAAGACACCAUCGUCUGUUAUUUCUUCAAAUUAUUCAUCAGUAACUUAUAGCUCACUUGAUGCUAUUGAGACUUCUUCUGCUGUCAGUAAUGGAGCUGGCACUAAGAGGAAACUUACAUUCAAUGAGUCCGAUCGAAAUAGCCCACCGACGAAGAAAUUCUAUCAGCUGUGAAUGACUCAGAGUUUGGUGGUAGGAUUUGGGUUUAUUGAUUGGAUUACUUUGACAGUCUAUGAAAAAGAAAAGAUUGAUUAUUGCAAUUAGAUUUGGUUAGAUAGGUGUAAUGAAUGUUUUCAUCCAUUUCAUUAAGAUUUGGUGUUGAUCCUUUGGGGGAUUUCAUUUUCCAAUAACAAACUAAAGUUUUCAGCCUGCGAUAACUAAGUUAGAUAAAAACAAAGGGAUAGCUUAAGCCUACAGUAAAAGAUAAGAAUCCAUCGGGGAAGAGAUCUGUCAAGUGAAUGCCAGAAGCCAAUUGAAGAUCGUUCGGUUUAGACGUUUUCUCAAGCGUUGCUUUGAAGAAUGCUACUGUUGCUUACCCGUUUCUUUCAAUUUGUUUGUAUUUUGUUCUUCCUUUUGAUGUUUUUGUUUUGACAAAGUAUAGUUAAAUAGAUAUAAUGACUUGCAACCUUGAGGCCUACCCCUUUUGAUGAGGGGGGACUUGGGAUGCUUCCUAUGUCUUUCAAAAGGCUGAAAGCCAUGAGGAAUGAGGAGCUGCUUUUGUUUGAUUUGAUUCA